AUGGGUGAUGGUAGUAGUAGUCACUGUGCUGGCAGUGGUGGUGGUGCUGGAGAUGGUGAUGAUGGAUGGUGCGUCGUUUAUAUAGUCAGCUUGCAAACACUCAACACUACUGCUGCCGCUUCUUCUUCUUCUGCUGAUGCUGCUGUUGUUGCUGCUGCUGCUGUUGCUGCUGCUGCUGUUGCUGCUGCUGCUGUUGCUGCUGCUGCUGUUGCUGCUGCUGCUGCAAUCACUGAGCAAUAA